UCAUAUACAUAUUUUAUUAUGAAAAUGGAAUUAAACAAAUCAGUCAGAAAUUGUUUUAGCAAAACACACGUAAAGAUUUAAAGGAUGAAUGAACAAAUCAUAAUUGCAAGAUAGAAGAUGGAAAAGGAGUGUCUUAAUCAGAUUCUCCGAGAAGUCAUUAUAUUUAAGGAUUUGGAAAACGUCAUUGAUAGUCUUGCCAAAGGUGCAGAUAUUAACGGAUGUGACUGGGAUGGUUGGACCCCAUUACAUAUUGCUGCUUCUGCAGGACUCACCGCACAUGUUGAAUUGAUGCUAGAAACACCAGAUGCAGACUUUAAUGCGCAAAAUGUGGACGGUAAUACUCCCUUACACUUAGCCUCAUUGAAAGGAAAUCUCGAACUAGUGCAAGUCUUAAUAGAAAGAACAGUAACAGAUCCAAAUAAAGUAAAUGAGUUUGGGAACACCCUGUUACACUCAGCUGCUGAAGAUGGACAUCUUCCCAUAAUCCAAUUGUUAAUUGAAAGAAAAGAUAUAGAUCCAAAUAAAUCAAAUGAGAUAGGUGAUAAUGCCUUACACUUAGCUGCUAGAGAUGGACAGUCCGACGUAGUGCAAUGUUUACUAAAAAGAACAGAUGUAGAUCUAAAUCAAGGAAAUAGGGACGGAAACACCCCCCUACACUUAGCUGCAUUAAGAGGUAAUCUCCGAAUAGUUCAAUUGUUAUUAGAAAGAACAGACACAGAUCAAAAUAAAGGAAACGAGGACGGUAACACCCCUCUACACUUAGCCACAUUUAUGAAAAAUCUCCAAAUUGUGGAAUUGCUAUUAGAAAGAACAGAUAUAGAUCCAAAUACAUUGAAUGAGGACGGUGAUUCAUCGUUACACUCAGCUGUUGCAGGUAAAGAUAUCGAAACCACCAAGUUGUUAUUGAAAAGAACAGAUAUAUUUCCAGACAAAAUAGAUAAGUCCCAUCAGUCCGGUUGCACUCCUUUCCAGUGUGCUGUUAUAAGUGGACAACUUAACAUAGUUCAAUUGUUAUUAGAGAGAACAGAUGUAUAUCCAAACCAAGGAAAUGAGGAUGAUGAGAACCUUUUACACUUAGCUGUUGAAGGUGGGGAUACAGCUAUAGUCAAAUUGUUGUUAGAAAAAACUAAUCUAGACCCAAACAAAGUAAACAAGGAUGAUGAUACUCUCUUACACUUAGCUUGUAAAGGUGGAUAUCUUGACAUAGUCAAAUUGUUAUUAGAAAGAACAGAUACAGAUCCAAACAAAGUAAACAAGGAUGAUGAUACUAUCUUACAUUUUGCUGUUAAAGGUGGAUAUAUCGACAUAGUCAUAUUGUUAUUAGAACAAACAGAUAUAGAUCCACACAAAGUAAAUGAGGAUGAUGAUACUCUCUUACAUUUAGCUGUUAAAGGUGGAUAUAUCGACAUAGUCAUAUUGUUAUUAGAACAAACAGAUAUAGAUCCAAACAAAGUAAAUGAGGAUGAUGAUACUCUCUUACAUUUAGCUGUUAAAGGUGGAUAUAUCGACAUAGUCAUAUUGUUAUUAGAACAAACAGAUAUAGAUCCAAACAAAGUAAAUGAGGAUGAUGAUACUCUCUUACAUUUAGCUGUUAAAGGUGGAUAUAUCGACAUAGUCAUAUUGUUAUUAGAACAAACAGAUAUAGAUCCAAACAAAGUAAAUGAGGUAUGA